UGGUCGAGGCUGAUUGCAGGGUUGGUUUCGGGCUGGACAGGAAACAGGAAUUCGGGAACGCGCAUCCAUGUAGGCGCACUCCCGGCUGAUUUCCCCGGAAUAGAGCAGCGAGCCAGUAACGGCGGUGAAAACCGUUCACUUCUGAACACCACAAUAUUGCUUUGACACCCGGAUUUGCGACACAUUUAAGCCUACCAGUUUUUACGUUGGAUUCCCGAGGAAAACGUUCUGGAUUUGUGACAGGUUGUUUCCUGCCUGACCUUAGUGGGCGGUGAGCUUGGCUGGCUGGCGAUACUACACCGAAGAUGGAGCAGCUGUCAGACGAGGAGCUGGACCAUACAGAGGGAGGAGGAGAGGAGGAGGACAGUGAUAAAGAAGAUCAGGAUCUAGACCAGAUGUUUGGAGCCUGGCUGGGAGAGCUGGAUAAACUCACACAGAGUCUGGAUGAUGGCUUCACAGAGACUGUAAAGAAGGCCCCUCAGAAAGCCCCUCUCAGACAGGAGACCAACAUGGCUAACUUCUGCAACCGCUUCUCCAUGUACAACAUCAACGAGGCUCUAAACCAGGGUGGAGACGGUGUCGACCUGGAUUCCCUGAUGGCAGACCUGUGUUCCAUAGAGCAGGAGCUGACCACCACCGGCAAGCCAAACGCCAAGCUCCGCCAAAAACCCACCGCCGGGCACAGCAGCAAGGGGCACGGUGGAGCUGGAGGGAGUGGAGGAGGCACCUCCAGCAGUGGGGACAGUACCUCCUCCAGUACCCGGGCCUCACCGGCCUCUACGGUGGCAGCUCGCCACGGGCGCCCCAUGGCUUCCAACCUGUCCCUGGAUGAUAUCACGGCCCAGCUGGAGCAGGCGUCUCUCAGUAUGGACGAGGCUGCUAGACAGAGCUCCCACUCCCUGGCCAGCGCCUCUUCCAGCUCCGCCUACUCCACCAUGCGGAGGCCCGCCUCCCACCAUCACACACACCGCCGGACAGGCUCAGUGGGGACGGUCAGCGAACACGAGGUCCGGUCUUUCUCCCUCUCGUCUCGGUCGUCGGUGAACUCUGCUUCGGCCAGCAGCAUGGAUUCUCUGGAUAGGCCCUCAGAACAGGACGGGGCCACUCCUACACAACAGGGACCCAAUCAGGGCCCCCCGGGCAACACCGAGCACUCCUAUCUGGACAGGGAAACAUCCCUGAUUCUGAAAAAUAUAGCCGGAAAACCCUCUCACUUGCUGACCAAGGAAGAACAGGCUGCCAAGACCAAGGCAGAGAAGAUCCGUGUGGCUCUGGAGAAGAUCAAGGAGGCUCAAGUUAAAAAGCUGGUGAUCAGAGUGCACCUGUCAGACGAGAGCUCUAAAACCAUGAUGGUGGACGAGAGGCAGACGGUCAGACAGGUUCUAGACAGCUUGUUGGACAAGUCCCACUGUGGCUUCAGUCCCGACUGGUCCCUGGUCGAGACCAUCAACGAACUGCAGAUGGAGCGUAUCUUUGAGGACCACGAGAACCUGGUGGAGAACCUUCAGAACUGGACCAGAGACAGUCAGAACAGACUGAUGUUCAUAGAACGCAUCGAGAAGUACGCCCUCUUCAAGAACCCUCAGAACUAUUUGUUGGGGCGGAAGGAGACGUGCGAGAUGGCAGACAGGAACAAGGAAGCACUACUGGAGGAGUGUUUUUGUGGCAGCGCCGUCUCUGUACCUGAGAUGGAGGGAGUACUCUGGCUGAAGGAGGAUGGAAAGAAGAGCUGGAAGAAGAGAUACUUCCUGCUCAGAGCCUCUGGGAUCUACUAUGUUCCUAAAGGAAAAGCCAAGGCUUCCAGAGAACUGGUGUGUUUCCUGCAGCUGGAUCAUGUUAAUGUGUACUACGGACAGGACUACCGCAGGAAGUACAAGGCUCCCACAGACUACUGCCUGGCCCUCAAGCAUCCUCAGAUCCAGAAGAAAUCCCAGUACAUCAAGUACCUGUGUUGUGAUGACGUCAGAACCCUACACCAGUGGAUCAAUGGGAUACGCAUCGCCAAGUAUGGGAAGACCCUGUAUGUGAACUACCAGGAGGCUAUGAAGAGGACUGAGGCAGCCUACGACUGGUCUUCUCUCUCUAGCUCCUCUAUCAAGUCUGGAUCCAGCUCCUCCAGCCUGCCUGAGUCCCAGUCGACCCACUGCAGUAGUGAUAGUGGUGUUGCUGUGUCAGCCCAGAACAACCUGUCAGGCCACAGCCUUUCUCAGAGCCAGGUCAGCUCCAUCUUCUCCGAGGCCUGGAGAGCCCAGGCACCCAGGAUCAAGUGCCCGCCUCCUCCUUUGAGGAUGGAGUCAGUGAGCAGACCCUAUCCCCUGAUGCUGCCCUCCAUGCACCAGUCAACCCCCCCAUCCCGAACCAGCUACACCAGUGUCUCCCCCGAAUCCUCCCACUCUCCCCCCGACCCUCCACCUCCUUCUCCUCCCCCACUUCCCCACCCCCCUCACCAGGCUGCUCCUACCAACGUUGUCAAGUACAGCACCAUCGCCCGCCUGCAGGGUGGCGCCAACCAGGCUGCCAAUCAUUACAGUGCCCAACCAAUGGGCCAGCAGCAAGGCCCUCCGGCCCCGCCCCUCCAGUCUGUCAAACCCAACUACAACACGCUCCCAUUGGCUCCCACUAACUACAACACCAUGCCAUUGGCUCCGAGCAACCCUGCUCCAGGCUCUGCCAUGGUCUCUCUGAGGUUCAGCCUCCCCAGCUCUGUUCCUCAGUUCAUCCCCCUCCUCCCCCAGGCCCAAACACUGCCCCCCCCUCCUCCCCCAGAAGAGGACCACCAGUGCCCUCCUCUCAGUAACACUGGGUUGCAGCAGUUCCUGGCCCAAAAAUUCCCCAAUAUGAACUAUGAUUUCUCUGAGCUGGAUGGCCAACCUGAGUCCCCUCCUCCUCCUCCCCCUCCUGCCCUCUCCCCCCUGUCCCCCAUACUGCCACCCCCCACACCUCCCAAAACCUUCUCUGGUGUCUUCCCGCCCCAGACUGCUCCUAAGACCUUUGGUCCAGGGAUCCCCUUGUCCCCAGUGUCGCCCUCCCCUCCUUCUGGUCCAAUGAAAAAGCAGCAAAGCUUCUCGACAGGCCAUUCGCCCAAUCAGCCGCCUUCCACCAUGCCCAAACAGCACAUCUUCUCCUCUAAAACCCUCCCUCUGUCCGCCCCCAUCUCCCCCACUCCCUCCCUGGCCAAACAGAUAGUCAACCAAUUCCCAGGAGCCCCCCUGCCCCCACAAUCCCCCCCGGCGGUCAAGGCUAAACCAAGAUGGCAGCCAGGGGUUCAGAUCCCGCCUCAGUCCCCUGAAUUCCCCCUUCCUCCUCCUCUCCCUCCUUCUGAGAUGUGCUCCCCCAUUAAGAAGUCUCCCUCCACCUCAUCAACCGGCUCCUUCGGGAAGAGGGGGCCUCCUCCCACUCCCCAGCGCGCCUCCUCCAUCAAGUCUAACUCCUCAGGGGAGUACCAGGAAGAGGCCCAGGUCCAGAGGCAGCCUAAGAAAGUGGAGUCUCUGGUCAGUAAGUUUGCCCAGCCUGGCCUCGGCUCCUGCAACUCCUCCACCGUCACCUUCUCUGGGUCUCCUGCUCUUCCUGCUCCUCCUAAACCAGGCAAGCUGAACCUGUCAGCUCUCCCUCUAGUCCUCCAAGGUCUACAGACGGGGCAGCACCGCCAGCCCAGUGAAGACUUCCCCUCUCUUCCUCAGUACCGCCAGCCCAGUGAAGAAUUCCCCUCUCUUCCUCAGUACCGCCAGCCCAGUGAAGACUUCCCCUCUCUUCCUCAGUACCGCCAGCCCAGUGAAGACUUCCCCUCUCUUCCUCAGUACCGCCAGCCCAGUGAAGACUUCCCCUCUCUUCCUCAGUACCGCCAGCCCAGUGAAGACUUCCCCUCUCUUCCUCAGUACCGCCAGCCCAGUGAAGACUUCCCCUCUCUUCCUCAGUACCGCCAGCCCAGUGAAGACUUCCCCUCUCUUCCUCAGUACCGCCAGCCCAGUGAAGACUUCCCCUCUCCUCCUCAGUACCGCCAGCCCAGUGAAGACUUCCCCUCUCCUCCUCAGUACCGCCAGCCCAGUGAAGACUUCCCCUCUCUUCCUCAGUACCGCCAGCCCAGUGAAGACUUCCCCUCUCUUCCUCAGUACCGCCAGCCCAGUGAAGACUUCCCCCCUCCUCCUCCCGACUCUGAGCUGCUCCCCCCGCCCCCCCUCCUCUCUGAGCUCCUCCCCCCGCCCCCCCUCCUCUCUGAGCUCCACCCGGGGGCCCCCAGGGUCGCAGUGGUAAACCCCCAGCCGCAGGCCACGCCCAUCUCCCACCCCGUCAGCCAAUCAUCAUGGAAGACCCAGUCACUCAAGAAGACUCCGCCUCUGACACUGCACAGGCUGUCCCGGAGUCACACGGUCCAGGAGCCCUUACCUCUGUCCCCCCCAUACCAGCACCAGCAUACCCCCCCAGCCUCCUUUGCCUGUCCCCUGCCCCCCACCUCCCCCGGGGUGCCUAAGGGGGGCGGUACACUCUCCUCGGUCCAACCCAACUUCCUGGAGGACCUGAACCGGACCUUAAAGAGGAAGUCCAUCUCACGUCACGGCUCCCUCACGCGGCACGGUUCCUCCCGGCUGGAGCCCGUCUCCAUGGACGACAUGGCCCUGCCUCCUCCACCCCCUCCGGACCAACAUAGGGGGGGGCAGGGCGGGGGCCACGGGUACAUGUCCUCAGGCUAUGCAACGUUACGGCGGGGGCCGCGCCCUGCCCCGCCCAAACGGGACGAAAGCACCAAACUGACGGGUGAGUGGUAGCUAGGGGGAAGAGGAGGACUUGGGUCGAGCUGCCCAGGCUAUGGGACCCAUCAAGGUCCCAGUCUACAGGCUAUGGGACCCAUCAAGGCUACAGGCUAUGGACCCAUCAAGGUCCCAGUCUACAGGCUGACUACAGCCUAUGGGACCCAUCAAGGUCCCAGUCUACAGCCUAUGGACCCACCAAGGUCCCAGUCUACAGACUGACUACAGCCUAUGGACCCACCAAGGUCCCAGUCUACAGACUGACUACAGCCUAUGGACCCACCAAGGUCCCAGUCUACAGACUGACUACAGCCUAUGGACCCACCAAGGUCCCAGUCUACAGACUGACUACAGCCUAUGGACCCACCAAGGUCCCAGUCUACAGACUGACUACAGCCUAUGGACCCAUCAAGGUCCCAGUCUACAGGCUAUGGACCCAUCAAGGUCCCAGUCUACAGACUGACUACAGCCUAUGGACCCAUCAAGGUCCCAGUCUACAGACUGACUACAGACUAUGGACCCACCAAGGUCCCAGUCUACAGACUGACUACAGCCUAUGGACCCACCAAGGUCCCAGUCUACAGACUGACUACAGACUAUGGACCCAUCAAGGUCCCAGUCUACAGGCUAUGGACCCAUCAAGGUCCCAGUCUACAGACUAUAUGGACCCAUCAAGGCUACAGUCUACAGACUAUAUGGACCCAUCAAGGCUACAGUCUACAGACUAUAUGGACCCAUCAAGGCUACAUGGACCCAUCAAGGCUACAGUCUACAGACUAUAUGGACCCAUCAAGGCUACAGUCUACAGACUAUAUGGACCCAUCAAGGCUACAGUCUACAGACUAUAUGGACCCAUCAAGGCUACAGUCUACAGACUCUCGUCUCCUCUCCUCUCCUCUCCUCUCCUCUCCUCUCCUCUCCUCUCCUCAAGGCUCCUCUCC